AUGUCCAGUCACCCUGCAAGCCUCCCAUCCUCCACUCUUCGACACCACGCAAGUAGCUCUCCACCCCCUUACUCCUUCUACGAUGAUGUGUUGGCAUCCCUUGGCGACACCAACGAAAUAGACGCCGAUAGUUCAGAGACUGACGCCGAGAGCCCAUGGCCUGACCCCAUCGACCUACCUCACGAGAUUACCGAGAGAAUAUUUUUCUAUGCAUGCCAGCGAUACGCCAACGAUGACAGCUGGUACCGCCCGUUCUAUCCACUCUACUUUGGGAGAGUGUGCAGAGCCUGGCGGCAACUAGCCUGGGCGACCUCUUCGUUGUGGACGACGGUGGUGGUUCGCCAAGUGGAGAUCGAAUCUGCCGAGAUCCAGAGACAGCUGCUGGAAGAAUGGUUGGAACGCACACAAGGGCGCCCACUGGAAAUCUACUUCGACACAUCGAUCCCAUAUUACCACCAGCCACUCCUACGCCUCCUUGUGCACUACAGAGAGCAGUGGGUCGCGAUUAAGUUUGCCAAUAUACCUCAUAUGCUUAGCUCGAACUCGAGUCAAAGCAUGUUCGACACCCCCAUUUCUUUUCCACAGCUCGCUUCCGUCACCGUGCAUCGACAUCGUCACGCCCCCAGCAAGAACAUCACCCUUCUCGAUUUCUCUCAAUCCCCAGCUUUGAGCAACCUCUCUGUCAUCAACUUUCAGAGCACAAAUUUUCACGAAUACAUAAUUCACCAACCAGGAGGGAUUUCACGCCUUUCCCUAACCAACGGCACACACCUUGACCUAAUCGCCAUCUUGAAACGGUAUCCACAGCUAGAGGAACUCGCUCUGUCUAGUCUUCCGAAGAGGUUUCCAACGAUGAGGCGGACGGACAUCCAGCGCCACAUCCGCCUUGCAUCGAUAUUCAUUCGAUCAUCGUUGUGGAAAGUUGUUGCGAGAUUUUUCCAGCACCUUAGCGCUCUAUCCUUCCCGGCGCUCAAUAAUUUAAACCUCGACCUGAUUAAUUCUGACCCUGUCUCCAUGUCACAACUAUCAUCUCUCAUCCAAUUAUUUGAUUGCACGCUGACAUCCUUUUCCCUGACGUACCCCAUCCGGGAGGAAUUUGCUCUCAUCGAUCUCCUAUUCAGCUCGCCAUUUUCCUCGAUACGGGAGCUGCACCUCACCGAUUCCAACGAGGGUCGGUCGGCAUCAGGUUUGACUACGGCGUUCUUCGAGGCCCUUCAAGUCGAUAACCCAGAGGACGCGCUCCUACCCCGCCUCGAGGUCUUCAGCUACCACGGAAGACUAGGGCUCUACGCUAUCGAUUUCCUCGACCCUCUUAUUAUCCGUUCACGUAUACGGUACUUCAACGAAAACACGCUCACACACAGCACGACAGAUCUGGACGAUUCAAUCGCAGUUUUGAAGAAGAUCGAAAUCAGAGCUGAUCAGAACGAAUUCACGAUCGCGGAAUAUACGGACCCACUGUAUAUUUGGGAGCUGAUUAGGCUGAUGGAGUUGAGGAUCUUGACGCUCGAGAAUGAGGAUGGAAGUGCAUGGAUUUAG